UGGCGCCGGCAUAGCCAUCUGGCUCCCAGACAGACUGUCAAACAGGUUCUGGAGAUUUCUGGAGAUUUCUGGAGCAUGUGUUAUACAUGUUAUAAUGAAGGCACAUAGAUUCAGUCCUCGGCCACAUGCAGAGGACCCUGCCAAUGCUUUGAAAGGAUUGCCACAGUUGCUUCUUCACAGGGUGCAUAUGUGUCGCAACACAAUUCAGCCAAUUUCUGUGGUAUGGCGGCAUACCACUCCAUCGAGGCAUUACAAGAGGGUGGCGGAAUGCAUAAGUGCAGCUGAGAAUUCAGUGACCGAGGCGCGGAUGUCUGCAAGUGCUGCUCCAACUUCCAGAGUUCCGUUGCCGACGAUCACUAUAGAGCCUCCGAAACUUGUAAUUACCGUCUCUGAUCCAGACUCAGGCAGAAGAGUAUCGCACAAGAUCUCCCUGGCCUUUUGUGAUGCUGUCCCGUGCAUGCUCACAGGAACGAAUAUUGUGGGCCUCGAGCCAGACUGCAAUCCUGGUGAAGAAUCGGGCAAGAUGGGAGUAUUGCUAGCGAAAGCUCCGACGAAGAGCAAAGAUCUUCGUGCCACCAUGACGUCGGGCAAUGGUGCAGAGGACAAAUACGCAGUAGCGUCGCAACUCUGGUUGGUUUAUGCUGACGAAUGCAGUCCGCGACAGCUGCAAGACAUCCUGCUCACCAUGAGCCUCCAGGGUGCGAUUUUGCACAACAUCUCGCCUCGGUGGGAGAUUAUGGAAAGUCCCCUUCGACAGGGCUUCUACGGCCUUCUGGUGUCGGGGAAAGCUGUGAAAGCCGCGGAUCAGGAACCUGCCCAGCAAAUCACAAUGAAGAUCCCUGGCAAGGUGCGAGUUGUGGAUCUCUACAACGAGGUCAAGACAUCUUUGGUGGUCAAAGGCCACGAAAAUGUUGUUGAUUUUAGGGGCAUCUUCUACAUGGAUGCAAUGGAGUGCAAGCAUGUUGCUGAACUUCUUAGUCCUUCAAUGGCAUGCAACAUAGCGACAUACCACUCAGAGAUUGCGCUUGUUUUUAGUAGCAUUGAGGGAAUGUCGCUGCAGUCAUGGGCGCACAGUGAGCAUGGGCUUUCCGAAGCUUGCUCACUUCAUGCGCUGAAGGGCAUUGGAGAAGCUCUACGUUAUAUCCAUUCGCUCCAGGUGGUCCAUUCUAAUGUGAACCCUGAGAGCAUUUUCAUCAAGACUGACGGCGAGUCAGUGCUUGCGGAUUUCGGCUACGCGGUUCACAUGGAUGGGGGUAUGCCAGUGGGCCUUGGGCAGCCAGUGCCUGUGCAGUUUUCAGCGCCAGAACAGGUGUCGGAUUCUUGCUGCUAUGGUGUUGCUGCUGACAUAUUUGCUCUAGGAGGUUGUUUGUAUUACGCCUUGAGCGACUUGCAGCCCUUCAAAGGGAAAUGUAGAGAGGAUAUCGUUUACAGUAUUGUGCACCGAUCUCCAGAUCUCGGACGACCUGAGUUCAAAUAUGUCAGCGCCAAGACAAGGGACUUUAUUCGAAUGUUGAUGUACAAAGAACCAACACUGCGACCAACAGCUGAAGAAGCCUGCCAGGUGCUUCGAAACCCUGAGCAUUCUUUCUUCUCUGAUGCCGUGAGCGAGCUCAUGGAUGUGCGGCAACCACCAAUUACAGGUGUUGGCACAUUGCUUCAGCGGAUUGGUCGAUGCUUACGGAAAAGAGCCACUGCAGUCCGCAGGAACUGUGCCGACCUUGCGAGGAGAUCGCGGAUUUCUCGCCGCAGCUCAAAGUCAGUGGUGCCUUUUGACGACUUGACAUUGGUGGUUCCGGAUGAUCCUGGCCAAAAGAAGGCACCGAGAGCAACAUCAACAACAAAAUGCCUCUUGGUUAAAGAAGACAGUGACAAGGCAGCCACUGAACUUCGGUAUGUACUUUUGAAUACCUUUGACCUCCUGCUGUCAGUGCAAGACGUUCGAACAUGUUUGCCCUGUUUAAGUUGGCCACAAUUAUUGACUCAGGAUGACUCAGGAAUCAUCGCUUUGCUUUGGCUUUGGUUUUCAACUGCAUGGCAUCCCUACUGGAGAAGUGAGGGUGAGCGCCAGCGAGCCGUGUUUGGGAAGCAGGCUUUCUGACAUUAUCGGUGUGAGGUUGAGCGCAAGGCUCCCUCAGAUUUGCGUCGGGACUAUUUUGUGCCUUACAACUCUUGUUGAGGAGGGCCUUGGCAUCCAAGAUGCCAGGUAGGAGUUGCCUACAAAAUUUCAAUGCAUUUACAUUUCAGUAGAUCCUAGAUGAUCUUCCUGCGACAGAGAACUUAACUCACGCAUCCUUUUGAUCACUUCAACUCUUCUUGCUGUCCGGCACAGGAAGUUCUGGGUACCAGGAAGUUUUUGCCUACCUUUCUUGCUGCAAUGUUUGUUCUUCCAGAUGGGAGAGAGUUGACUUGCAGCAACUGAGUUUUCUUUUCCACUUUCUCGGCAAAGCCGAGAGAGCACUUAUAGGGCAAGGAUCGAGACAUCAAACUCGUUUCUCAAAAUGGAGGAUGAGAAUAUGUUACUUGUGAAGUGCAG